AUGCAUCUUUCCACAGCCCUCGGCGUCCUCUCUCUCCUAUCAACAGCCAAAGCCCAGGCCAACGUGCAUUUCGGUCCUGCGUUCUCACUAGGCCCAACGAAAUCAUGGAUUCGUGAAGCUACGACGACGCUUGUUCUGCCGCGAGUUCCUGGACAAAAGGAUCGUCUGGCUUUAUGGCCCGGUAUGGGCACAAGUAGCGGCUCACUAAUUCAAGCUUUGGCUGUCUCUUUUGCAGACCCUAGACUCGAAUGUGGUGGUCAGCCUGGACAGUGGUGCACCUGGGCUUCGACUCUGCAAGGCACACAACUCGGCGAUAAGAAAAUACCAGCAAGUCCUGGCGCUCGAUUGACGAUUCACUAUAAGUAUAAUGAUGCUACGCAACGAUACGAUCAAAGCGUGGCCAUCGAUGGUACCGUUGUCUCAACUCUUUCCACCACUUCUGGUCAUGCUGAAGGUUGGGGUACAGCCGUUGAAUGCCAGGAUGCCGCCUGUGUUGGUACCGUUGAUGCUCAUGAUUAUAUCGAUACAACCAUCAUUCUAAAUCAAGCUGAUCCCUCAUUCAGUAACACCCUUGGUCUCAAUCAAGCUACGUCUUCAGGGCUGAGGUCCUCUGACGGGGGUAAAACUUGGACAGUGGGCACCAUCAGCCACAAGGCUUUUAAUUUCAACUUCCCUAGCUGA